CACUUCUGCGGUCGCCAGACCGCGAAAUCCGGCAGUAUGUGUGUGAAGCUCUGGAAACGGUACUACAAUCUGCAGGAGAGGAUCUUAGUAUGCCAGCGUGGAGUCAGGUCAUCGAAUUUUUAGGUUCGGCAACUAAGCUGGAGAUGGAGUUGCGCGGCCUCAAAUGCUUUACCAUGUCUUCCUUUUCCCAAUUUCUGAACGGCAAUGGCACUGACGUAGGGGAGUAUUUCUACAACAGUGGCGGAGCGGCUGGUGCAAAAACGGCGAACUCGAGCGCUGACGCCGCAGGAGUAGCACAAGGGGCAGCACCGAACAGUCGGAGAGCUAGCGAGAGCUUGGACGGGGCCGAGAGUUCAGCGGCGGCAAUCAAGGACGACCCGACAUUUGCGACGCUCUUUCGCGUUAUGGAGCUGAUUUUGCAAGAUUUUCGGGAGAAACUGUUUGCGGCAUCGAAAACUAGGAUCCUCGUUUUGAUCCAGACGGUGGGGGCCUUCGCGCGCUGCGUUCAUCUCUCAGUGAACGUGUCUUUCACAGCCAUCAAGUAUUUGUGGGAAUUCGUGGACAUUCUUGCACAGGCGCGCGGAAAAGAGGAUCCCGAGGCGCGGAGUCCGGGUGAGGACUGUGUAGACUUGAACGCGGAAGGCGACGAGGCCGGAGAGGACUGGGUUUGGUUGCAACUCUUUAGGCAAUUGCAGAUCUCAUGUCUGGAUCCGCGUCAGGAAGUGCGCGAUUGCGCCUUGAAAUCGCUUGCGGGCGCGCUCUGCGCGAAUUCUAGUGCGACGGCCUCAGGAGAUGACGUCUCUGCUGGAGACUUGUCGUCCAGCGUGAACAGUGUUGCAACUCACAAAGAACAGCACGUUGUGGAAGCGUCCUCGGACACUGCGCCAUCAAAAGACGACCAUUCAGCAGCGGCGCCGAAGGAGCGGCGGUCGCUAACGCGGAGCAACUCCUCGUCUUCAGGAGGAGGAAUAGACGGAGCUACAUUGACGGGGGGAAAAGUGACAGCUGUCAAGAUUCCAUAUAAGCCGCGUAUUCUGCGUCGACUGCUGGACGUCAUGUUCGGCACGUGCCAGCGGCUGUGCGAUAUCUAUCUCGACUGCGACUCCGAUAUGCGAGUGAGUGGACCCGCCGUGACGCACCACUCGGCAAACACAAAGCGCAAGCAAUGGGGCGAAACUGUUGCAUUAGCGAUGGUGAGCAUGCGGAAAGUGCUCGUAAAUUUUCUCCCGAGCAGUUGUACCAGUAAUUCGGCGGAGGGUGGUAAGAAGCGCGAUCCGGAGGAGGUGCGGCACUGGGUCGGGCUGAGUUUACAAUUCGUGGGACUCAUUUGGCUGUGCAUCAAGCCACCCUGGGGCGGAGGCGGAUUUGACAUCACGCAGGAGAAGGAAAGCGACGGCUACUUUCUUGGCAAUGAGGAGGACGACGAUCGCAUUCAGGCGCACGCAAAAACAGCUAACAGCUGUCUUCGCAACCUUGGGGAACUCAUGGCGCUUCCAGAAGCGCAUCUGUCGAGCAGCGACACCGAGACGUUCGAGGCGGACUGCAGGCUUGAUAGUAAUGGGCAGACGCUGUGGUCGGCUGGUUGGGGACUACUGUGGCGCCUCGGCAAGGCCUUUCUGACUCAACCGGUGUUGCCUGAGGCUUUGGCGGAUGGCACGAUGGCGUGCUUGCAAAUAGUGCUUCCACUGUUGAAUAUCGAGAAGGAUACAUCAUUCACAUCAAAUAGUGCUUCUCAGUCUUGUGAUGCUCUCUCGUCUGCUCUCCCUGACCGCAGUGCAAGUGCAGAGGAGAGUCUGCUCACAUGUUACCAGAUCGCGUGGACGGUGUGCGUGGCCAUGAGCAGCGUGCCCAGCUUGUAUGUGGGAAGCGCGACACCGUGGUAUCCGAUCUCCCAGUCGCUCCUGCGUCGCACUCCCGAAGUGCGCGACAAGGCCGAGUUGCGCUGUAUGCCCCCUUCUCCGCAGGAAAUCGAGGAGUUGUUUGGUGGCGAGGUGACGUGGUUGUGGCAGCCGAGCAUUCGAGGCAGCCUGAACCUCUACAAGGAACGGCAGAACAACUGCGACAGCCAGUGUAUUGUGGAACGCGAAGACGAGGCGCGCGCGCUCUUCACCCCGGCCAGUCGUGUUGAGCAAAAGGAGCAGUCCUCUGGAUCGAUGGCGCAAGUUCGAGCCAGUCGCGGAUCUAGCGCGGAGAGCGGUGCUCGUGUCGCGAGCAGUGUUGCUGCACAGAAAACGGCUUCCCCAUCUAGGAUAUCUUCUACCAGUGCGCGGAGAAAAAGCUUGCAAACGAAGCCGCCUUUUGUACCGAUUCUCGAGUGGACGCUCCCUCCUGGCACGGGCCACCAGCAGCACGCGCGCAACUUCGCAGUGUAUGCGCAUAAGCGGCCGCUGCCACAUCCUCUAAGUGGGAUUUUUGGAAUCCUCGAAAACACGGUUUUGCGCGGUUCCUCGAGUCGAUUCUCGACAAGUUUCGUCAAACUCUUUUGCAAGAGCUUUCUUGCAGGCAGUAUCCUUUUUGCAGAUUCGCACAAGCCUGUAUUGGCAGUGCGGGUGCUCUUCAUGUUGGUGGGAUCGGUUCGCCAGACGCUGCUUCGGGGACUCCAAGAGUACGAACCCCCUUCCCCGGACUCUUCAGCACCUAGUUUGAGCGAGAACAUAAGAACGGCGAGAAUGAAACACGACUUAAAAAAUGAUUGUGCCGCUCCUGGAGAUGCAAGUACGAGAGCAGCAGGUGGCGGUCGUGAAGGCGAUAAAGGUAGCGUGGAGGGCUCAUCGGCACUGCUUAGUGAUGCGCUGAACCAGCUAUUGCCCUUUGUUCUGCUAGAAGUGCUAAAACCGAUUCUCGGGUUCGGAUUUCAACGAGGGAAUUACAUGCAAGAAGGGAGAUCCGAGAAGGAGGACAUCGCCUUUCAUUACGAGGCAGAGCGGUUCGAUGUGGGACUGUGGAAGCCCGCCAUUGAAGCAGGCUUCUACAUGGUUGAGGACGCACUUCAUGUUGUUGCUGCAGCCGCCUCGAAGUGUUCCCGAAAGAGGUCGAGAAAUGUCGAGGCUGAAGAUCGCGGCCUUAUGGCUAUGGUACAGGACGAGUUCUGGGAUGGGGUGAUCAAAUUCCUAGUAAGCAUCAACUUCACCACGACGCCGCUUCUGGACACCGCAAAAAUUUGCCUCAUAGGCUAUGGCGUCUUUGGUUUUCUCGUGGAACUCGAGCGAGACCGGAGUGGGGGCGCCGGUACGCCGAGCCCGCUGCUGCAGAAGCUUCUGGCCUUCUUCGACGAUCAGUGUGAGAACUACGGAAGGACGAACUACGACGAGUCGCCGGCGAAGGCUGCCACAAACGUCUUGUUGGAUCUAGCAGCCGCAAGUGGAGAAUCUCCUUCCACUUCGCUCGCAACAGCAGGCGAAAGCUCAGCGGAGGAACAAGGGGGUGAGGCAGAUUUGUAUGUGGGUUAUCAGUUGCGCACCUGCAUGGAGUGCUGGGCGAGAAACCGUGACGACACGUUCUACGCUCGUCCAGCGUCAAAGAAAGCGCCUGAUCUCGGAUUUCAAGGGGCCUUCCGCAGUGCGCGCAGCAAAACUGUCGUCAUUGACGCUUCGCUGGUAACGCAGUGUCGUGCCAUUUUCAAACAGCAGAUCCAGCGCCUACUUCAGGGGCUCGAGCGACGGCCUGACGACACCAGCGCGGACGGCGUGGGCGGGGGAAGGGAUAUGGCGGUGGCACAUCUUGCACACAUUCUGCGACGUCUGAAUCACGUCUCUUUCCCGUUAACUGUAGUGCGGAACUUAAUGCCGGAGCUUGCGCAAAUGAUUAUUUGUGAUGAGCGCCUUGUACGAGCCCCGCUGUCAGCUGUUUUCCAGCGUCUCGCAGCGGGGGAGGUCGCUCCUUCAGAGUUUGCACCCCCAUCGUGAGGCGCUUGUAACCAUGAAUCACGUGAUACAGAUGCGUACGAUAAGAAAUAGAAGGCUCGCGCACAGCCGCGUGCUGUUUGUGAGAUAUCUAGGCUGACUUGCUAGUGCGAAAAAAAUCAUAUUAACACUGUGGACGCUUGACGACCCUGCAACAUUCCUUUUCUCGCUCCACCUGGACCUUUCCGGUUUGUCUAUGUUUACUGUUUUUUAGCCGCAUCAAAGUGGCAGUUGUCCUGAAAGAAAACGAGGCUUCUGCCACCACUCACCAAAUCCAUAUGCUUUGCUCGCUACGCACAGGCUGCGUGUGCACACGAAUCUGCUGAAGAACACACAGGAGCCAGGUUCUCUAAAAGGGCCCAGCG